AAGGGAAAGAAAGAGUGCGAUCCGGGUGUGGAGUGGGAAACGGUGGUUGCAUACUUGCAUUAAGACGGUUGCCGCGAGGAUGAGGCGAAUCCUCUAACCCUUAAUGCCCCAACCACCAACUCCAACCAUUCAGCCUGUUUCUGAGACUUUGUAACUGAGCCACGUUGACGCCUCACCGUCCAACCUGCCCCCAUUUUCAAACUCCCUUCCAAAGGUCACUAUUAAAUCAAGAAACACAAGCACCUCACCACCUUUAUCUCUCUCUCUCUCUCUCUCUCUCUCUCUCUCUCUCACUUCCAUUCUGCUUGAGAACAGAGAUGGCUUCGGCUAAUGUUAUUGUUUUCCUCACCAUCCUUCUUGCUCUGCAACCUACUACUACUAUAAGCGAGAUAUUGUCUCCUCUUCUCUCCCCUAUUUUCGAUGAGGUGUGCAAAGAAGUGGAAUGUGGAAAAGGCACUUGCAAGCCUUCUAAUGACAGUCCUCUGUAUUUUGCAUGUGAAUGUAAUCCUGGUUGGAUGCAGACUCGCCCCGCCCAUGAUGAUCAUCUCAAGUUCCUCCCCUGUGUGAUUCCCAACUGCACCCUGGAUUACUCCUGCAAGGAAGCUCCCUCCCCUGUUCAAGAGAAAGAGAACCGGGCUAAUUUGUCAUUGUUUGAUCCCUGCCGCUGGACUGAUUGUGGAGGAGGUUCAUGCAACAAGACAUCGAAAUUCACACACACAUGUGAAUGUAGAGAGGGCUAUUAUAAUCUUCUCAACAUCACCACCUUCCCAUGCUUGAGGGAAUGUUCAAUUGGAUUGGACUGUUUGAAUCUUGGGAUCACAUCAUCAAACAAAUCAACUUCUUCAACUCCUAGCAUGGCUGAUAAUGGCAAGAACCAAGCCAAAACAAUCCUACAAGGGAACUUCUAUUUGUGGAUUAUCUUCAUGCUGUCAUGGGCUAUGGUUAUGUGGAAAUAGUCAUUGUCUGAGGUUGCUGUCUCUGGAUUGAAGAUAGAUCAUGUUGAUUUCUUCAUAAUAUGGUGAGUUUACUCCCAUUUUUUGUUUGAUGGCUGCUUCAAUCAGCUUUUAGUUUCUUAGUGUAAAAAUGCAGGCAUGCAUAAGUUAGCUAGAACAGGCAUACAAUGGAGGAGGGACGCUUAUCUUUCUUCUUCAUUUUUUAUUUAAUUUCUUUUGUAGAACAUGUAGUAGAAAUGCCACGGUUAUGUUAAUCAAUUAUUUAUUUGUUGUAUGGAUCACACUCUAGUUUUUUCCCAUUCUAUUAGUCAUUUUUUUUAUUUAUGAGACUCAA